GCUGCUCAGUUGAUCUUUGUGCGAGCGAAGCGCAGCGGUCGCAGUUAGCAACAAGGCGAGCAAACACGCACAGGGAACCACGUCCAGUGCGGCGGAGGAUACCGCGUUUCAAGCCGGAAAACACCCCCCACACGCCGAGGACACAGCGACAGCGACGGCCCUGACAAUGGUCAUCUGGUGAGGACUGCCAAAGCUUUUAGGUGGAGGAGUGGCAGACAGCGCCACCCCGGUGUGCAGAGUGGGACUGCAUCUCGUCUCACAUCCCAAACAAAGCAGCUUUCAGACGAGCCACCGCCUGCCAGAUGGACGUCAGACUGUAAGGGCAGAGCGAGUGACGGACCAACACCAUCUGAGGAGAGGAGCCAGGGGGGGAGAACGCUCGCAGGAGCAGGACCGGGAGGGCACUGAGGGAGAGGAGAGGACAGAGAGAGGACGAGGGGCUCCACAAUGUCGUCAAACCGGACCCAGAACCCACAUGGACUGAAACAGAUUGGCCUGGACCAGAUAUGGGAUGACCUGCGGGCUGGAAUCCAGCAGGUGUACACACGGCAGAGCAUGGCUAAGUCACGCUACAUGGAACUCUACACACAUGUAUAUAAUUAUUGUACCAGUGUCCAUCAGUCCAGCCAGGGCCGCGGCUCGGUGCCGCCGGCCAAACCCUCCAAAAAGUCCACCACUCCAGGAGGGGCUCAGUUUGUCGGCCUGGAGCUCUACAAACGCCUCAAAGAGUUCCUGAAGAACUAUCUGACCAGCCUGCUGAAGGAUGGGGAGGAUUUAAUGGACGAGUGUGUCCUCAAGUUUUACACCCAGCAGUGGGAGGAUUACCGUUUCUCCAGUAAGGUCCUCAACGGGAUCUGCGCCUACCUCAACCGCCACUGGGUCAGACGAGAGUGCGACGAGGGACGCAAGGGCAUUUACGAGAUUUAUUCUCUGGCUCUGGUCACCUGGAGGGAGUGUUUAUUCCGACCACUCAACAAACAGGUAACAAACGCGGUGCUGAAGCUGAUCGAGAGGGAGAGGAAUGGUGAGACCAUCAACACUAGACUGAUCAGCGGCGUCGUCCAGUCGUACGUGGAGCUGGGUCUGAACGAGGAGGACGCCUUCGCCAAAGGUCCCACGCUGUCCGUCUACAAAGAGUACUUUGAGUGUCAGUUCCUCACCGACACGGAACGUUUCUACACGCGUGAGAGCACGGAGUUUCUGCAGCAGAACCCAGUCACUGAGUACAUGAAGAAGGCGGAGGCUCGGCUGCUGGAGGAGCAGAGGCGUGUGCAGGUUUAUCUCCACGAGUCCACUCAGGACGAGCUGGCCCGCAAGUGUGAGCAGGUUCUUAUAGAGAAACACCUGGAGAUCUUCCACACUGAAUUCCAGAACCUUCUGGACGCCGACAAGAAUGAAGAUCUGGGCCGCAUGUACAACCUGGUGUCGCGGAUCACAGACGGUCUUGGCGAACUGAAGAAGCUUCUGGAGACUCACAUCCACAACCAGGGCCUGGCUGCCAUCGAGAAGUGUGGAGAGGCCGCACUCAACGACCCUAAAGUGUACGUGCAGACCACACUGGACGUCCACAAGAAGUACAACGCCCUGGUCAUGUCCGCCUUCAACAACGACGCCGGCUUUGUGGCGGCGCUCGAUAAGGCGUGCGGUCGAUUCAUCAACAACAACGCCGUCACCAGGAUGGCUCAGUCAUCCAGCAAAUCCCCUGAGCUGCUCGCCAGAUACUGCGACUCCUUACUCAAGAAGAGCUCCAAAAACCCAGAGGAGGCAGAACUGGAGGACACACUCAACCAAGUGAUGGUUGUGUUCAAAUACAUCGAGGACAAGGACGUUUUCCAGAAGUUUUACGCUAAGAUGUUAGCCAAGCGUCUGGUCCAUCAGAACAGCGCCAGUGAUGACGCCGAAGCCAGCAUGAUUUCUAAACUCAAGCAAGCCUGUGGCUUUGAGUACACGUCCAAAUUGCAGAGGAUGUUCCAGGACAUCGGAGUCAGUAAAGACCUGAACGAGCAGUUUAAGAAGCACCUGACCAACUCUGAGCCUCUGGACUUGGAUUUCAGUAUCCAGGUCCUGAGCUCUGGGUCUUGGCCUUUCCAGCAGUCCUACACCUUUGCUCUGCCUUCAGAGUUGGAGCGGAGCUACCAGCGCUUCACAGCGUUCUACGCCAGCAGACACAGCGGCAGGAAGCUGACCUGGCUCUACACCCUGUCCAAAGGAGAACUGGUCACCAACUGCUUCAAAAACAGGUACACGCUGCAGGCCUCCACCUUCCAGAUGGCCAUCCUGCUGCAGUACAACACCGAGGACAGUUACACUGUGCAGCAGCUCACAGACAGCACUCAGAUGAAAACCGAUUUUCUGGUUCAGCUUCUGCAGAUUUUAUUAAAGUCAAAGCUGCUGGUGUUGGAGGACGAGAACGCCAACGUGGACGAGGUGGACUUCAAACCCGACACCGUCAUUAAACUCUUCCUCGGAUACAAGAAUAAGAAGCUGAGGGUGAACAUCAAUGUCCCCAUGAAGACGGAGCAGAAACAGGAGCAGGAGACGACUCACAAGAACAUCGAGGAGGAUCGCAAACUGCUCAUUCAGGCUGCCAUUGUCAGGAUCAUGAAGAUGAGGAAAGUCCUGAAACAUCAGCAGCUUCUGGCCGAGGUUCUGAACCAACUGUCAUCAAGAUUUAAACCUCGAGUCCCCGUCAUCAAGAAAUGCAUCGACAUAGAGGGAGAUUGA